ACGAUUUCAACGCGAAAAAACAGCGAUCAAUUUCUCUCUCUAAAUUUUUUUUUUUUUUUGUUUUCAAAGAAAACCCUACUAAAGAUUUUAUUUUUAUGUUACAGAUUAAAUUAAGACCUGGUUUUUGAAAAAAAAAAGAAAACCAGGUCCAAUUCAAUCCCUUCCACACCUCAUCAGAAAGUUCUCCUCUUUUUUCAGCAUUUGAUCCUUGUUUCUUCUUCGUUCCCUAAUUUGAGCAGUUAAGGAGAAAGGAGUGUCCUUUGAGCUGCAUCUCCAACAAUGAACGACCUUUUAUCAGAAUCCUUUGAGAUCCCUCGUGGUCAGGGCUCUAGAGGCGGAGAUAUUGAGAUGGGAAUGAAUUCUGGAGAUUUGGGCUUGGAAAAUUUCUUUAAAAAGGUUCAAGGUAUUGAGAAAGAAAAUGAGAAGCUAGACAGGCUACUCAAAAAACUCCAGGAUGCCCAUGAGGAAACAAAGGCAGUGACCAGAGCUCCUGCUAUGAGAGCAAUCAGGCAACGAAUGGACAAAGAUGUUGAUGAAGUUGGAAAAAUUGCUCGUACAGUGAAGUCAAAGAUUGAGGAACUUGAUAGAGAGAAUAUAUCGAAUAGGCAGAAGCCAGGAUGCGGAAAAGGAACAGGUGUAGACCGAUCAAGAACCUCAACAACAAUGGCCUUGAAAAAGAAGUUGAAAGAUAAGAUGGCUGAAUUUCAGAACCUAAGGGAAACUAUCCACCAAGAGUAUCGAGAUGUUGUUGAUAGACGUGUUUUUACAGUGACUGGUGCAAGAGCAGAUGAAGAGACGAUUGACAGAUUGAUUGAAACUGGAGAUAGUGAACAAAUUUUCCAGAAAGCAAUUCAAGAGCAAGGCCGAGGCCAGAUAAUGGAUACUCUGGCAGAAAUUCAAGAGCGCCAUGAUGCUGUUAGAGAUUUGGAGAGGAAGCUUCUGGAUUUGCAGCAGGUUUUUCUGGAUAUGGCAGUCUUGGUGGAUGCACAAGGGGAAAUGCUCGACAACAUAGAAUCACAGGUCUCGAGUGCUGUGGAUCAUGUGCAGUCGGGGAAUACUGCUCUCCAAAAGGCCAAGAAGUUGCAAAGGAACUCCAGGAAAUGGAUGUGCAUUGCUAUCAUCAUCCUUCUAAUCAUCGUUGUAAUCAUCGUUGUUGCUGUGAUCAAGCCAUGGAAUAACAACAAGGGUGCUUAGCAUCUUCACUAUUUGUAUAUUGUAUAAAUGAGUGAGCAUCAACUUCUAUACCUCUUUCGGCAAUUUCUAUUAUUUUGCAGCUUAUUUUAUGAACUCAGCUUCUGUCCCACUAAUUCUAUGACAAGCUUGGUUGCGAGUCUAUUACUUUCCAUAAUUAUAUGUAUUUAUUCUUUUGUUAUGCAAGAAAAUAAAGCUAAAGAAAAGUUUGUUUA